AUGGCAACGAACCAAGAUGUCGCGGCCGAGGAGAGGACGUUGGUGGCCGAGGAGAGGAGCGUGGCGGCCGAGGAGAGGAAGGUGGGCAUGGAGGAGCGAUCUAGAUUAUUGGAUUGGGAGAAGUACUUGCUCUUCAUGGACACAUCUAUCCUUAAUGAGGCGCAAAAGGAGUCACAUGUUUGCAACAUAGGUUAUAGUGUACGGAGUAUCUUUUGGCAAGAAAAUGGCGAGUACCUCGGGGCAGAGCCCGCGUUGCCGUACCUGAGCCCCUACACCGACGUCGGCAUCCUCAACGACACAGGCGUGCAAUUCGUGAACAUCAUCAGGAUCGCCCAGCAGCUGCAGAACUUCCAGGACUACCAGCAGAGGCUAGCGGCGUACGUCGGCGAGGACGCGGCGAGGGAGCGCGUGAGCCAGUCGCUGGUGCUCAUCACGCUUGGCGGCAACGACUUCGUCAACAACUACUACCUGGUGCCCUUCUCCGCUAGGUCCCAGCAGUUCGAGAUCCACGACUACGUCCACUUCAUCAUCUCCGAGUACAAGAAAGUCCUCGCGGGUGAUAUGGAUGAUGGAAAAGAGGCCAGCAGUGCUGGGCUAAACAAUUCAGGGAGGUAUUGGAUUGGCCUCUGUAGAAACUAUGGUAAAGGCACCUAAUCUUGGGCCCCUAGAAGAAGGAAACUCAACAUGCAUGGUUCUCAUUAGAGGCAACCAGACCGUUGUUGAAAAUAUUGAUGAUUCCUGUUGUGUAUUCUCAAGGAAUGGUCAGGUUUAGUACUGACCGUUGCGGUGCGUAGAAGAAAGGUGCUACUUUCACUUAGUUCUCUCAGUUCUAAGUUGGGACUGCAAAAAUUUGAGGAUUUCCCCACAUAGACCUGAAGUUUCUGCUUCUAGCAUUUCUCGUUUGUAAGCAGCAUGGCAAACCCGGUUUCAAAGUAAAGACCUGAGGAAGAAUGUGGAUUGAUCACUGUGAUUUCAAGUCCUUCAGGUGAUUGAUCACUGUGGUAAUUCAUUCUUUUGUCAAAAUUUGAUUACAAUUGGGGUUGGAGGGAAGCAACAAAAUUCCUAUCCUGUAAUAGACGUUUUUGGUGUGUGACUUGAUAGUUGUUCACGUCGAUACAAAAUUUCAUUCAUGUGGUUUUUUAAGGCAUUUGAAUUUAACAUUGUUUUUAUGUUUGUCUAAGAGCUGGAGCUGUUAAGACUUGAGACAGAUAUAUACAGGUAACAGGGGCCUAUAAGAUCCAAUUCAUG